AGUUCCAUUUCCGAUUCCGCAAGCAACUGCGUACGCACAUUAGGCUACACGUGAUGCAAACCUUUCAGCUAGCGACAAGUUGAAACAUUUGCGCAUUUCGUAGCAGUGAAAGAGCGAAUCUCUCAAUUUCGCAUUUUGUUGAUCCACUAUCCCUACCAAAAGGGAAAUACUCCUCCGUGAAGCAUUUUGCCGAGAGGGAAGAAAUACCAAGACCCGCAAUGAGUGAAGCUCCAGUGAACCCCAAGGCCUACCCGCUGGCCGACGCCGUACUCACCAAAACCAUCCUGGAUUUGGUGCAACAAGCCGCCAACUACAAGCAGAUAAGGAAGGGGGCCAAUGAAGCCACAAAGACCCUGAACAGAGGAAUUGCGGAAUUCAUCGUCAUGGCUGCUGAUGCUGAACCACUGGAGAUCAUCCUCCACCUUCCCUUGCUCUGCGAGGACAAAAACGUCCCGUAUGUGUUUGUACGUUCCAAACAAGCCCUGGGCCGAGCCUGUGGGGCGUCGCGAGCCGUCAUCGCUACCUCGGUCACCAUAAAGGAGGGCUCCCAGCUGAAACCCCAAAUCCAGAGUGUCCAAUUGGCUAUUGAGAGACUGCUUGUGUAAUUUUUUUAAAUUGUUGUUCAUACAGAACAGGGAGUUUUCAAUUUAGAAUUGUUAUUAAAUGAGAAAAUAAUUCAGUUAUGUUUAUAUGGUUAGUAUAUUUGUUUGUCAUGGCAUUCCCUGAUUCAGAAUAAAACUUUUAUAAACAUU